CCGCGAGGAGCGGAGCUGAAGUGGGGGGGUGUGUGUGUUUGUUUGUGUGUUUCUUUCCUGUAGAAAAUAACCGGUAACAUUAGUUGAAUAAAUAAAGAUAUGAAUUAAUACUUUGCGACCUCACUAACGUCAUGAGUUAAGCUCCACGGCUCCGGGCUGAUGUUCCUUCGGAGCACGUUGCCUCUUCAGCGGGGCACGCUUUGUUGUCGGGGCGGAGCAUUAGCUACUGUUAGCCUUUUAACUUUAGCUAACAUGCUAGCUGUUAGCUUUCAGGUAACAAUAACCGCACGUCGUUGUUUUCGCUGCUGCUUGGCUAGCUAACAACAGCCCACCCCGUGUCCUCGGCUUGACCUCAUGGAUCCCGGUGGAAGUGAACUGGACUCCAGCCUGCCUCAGCCCGAGAACCCGUGUCUGAUCGUGGAGGACUCCCAGCCGGACAGUGUCGCUCUGGAGGACGAUCCCGAGAGCAGCUACCGAGCUCUGCUGGCCCGCCGCCUGUCCAGCCUGCAGCCCACCUCCCGCAGCCCGGUUCUGGAACUGAUAUCCUCCCCGCUAGGAAGCAGAUACUCUCAGACUGACAGCCAAUCAGAAAGCUCCCAGAGUAACAGCCAGGUUGAACCCGCCAACCCCAGUUCAGCAUUCCAGGAGGAAAGUCAAGUUAUAAACAUUUGCCCUCCUCCAAACAAGAAAAAGUGUGCACCAGAGGACACUGAUAUGGAGUCUGGAGCUGAUUCUACCACACACUGCAUCCAGUCUGAAGAGGGAACCUCUCAGUUUGGUUUUCUGGAGCUUUCUCAGAGUCAGGAUCUGCGUGGUGAAGUGGUGAACAGUCAGGAGGAAGAAGAAGAAGACAUUGUUCCUCAGUCAGACAGCGAGAGACGCACCAAAUUAGCAGAGCAGAAAAUCAGCCCCAGGACUUCAGAGAGUCAAGAGAACAAAGCAGUGAGAUCUGAGGUGAGCUCCAGCAGCUCUUUAGAGUCUCCGGGUCAGUCGGGCAGGCAGCUGAGUGUCCAGGCUCUGCUGCACUCGCAGGGCCUCCGGGCCUCCGGUGAGCAGGACCAGCGGGACUGUGAGAUCCUGUCGUCACAGGAGGACCUGUUCGACGCUGACAAGACGGGUGCUGCAGUUGACAGCACAGUGUCUGAGCCGGAGCAGCAGGGUCACCCCACCCCGACACCGGCCCACACCCUGCGACUGCUGCAUCUGUCUGGACAGGGAACAAUGGUGCAGGAAAGUCUGUCCCAGAGCUCCGUUGACUAUGUUGCCCCGACCCCAGACAACUUCUCCCACACCCCUUUAAUUGUUCCCAGCUCACCAACCGGACCAGAGAAUGAACAAGGUGAUGAUGAACCGAUGGAUACUUCACUGCCCCCAGAAGACCGAGCAGUGGAAAGGGAAGAGCCAAUGGAAAUGGAGGCCGCCUCUAAGCCACACCCGUCCGCCUCUACUCCUAUAUCCCAGAAUUCCCCUGGUUUUGUGUUGGAGCGAACUCUCUCUUUACCCUCCCAGCCAGAGUUCUCUCAUGAUGUGUUUGUCCCAACGCAGAGCCAGGAGGCAAAACAACCGUCCGAUAAGAAGCCGGCAUCAUUGCCUCAUGAGACGCAGUCUCAGUGUCUGGAGUCAGCUGCUUUCACUAUGCCUUUGCAGCUCUCUGUGAACACGGAGAGCAGUAUCCCAGCUCAGCAGACAUCAAAACACGCUGAGGAGGACAGCCAGGCCACGCAGAUAGAGGAACUGGAUGAGCCGCCCGGUGUAGACACCAGCGAAUCUGUGAUUUCACGCUGCGAUCAGAGGAGCGAGAGCAACGGCGUCUCUUCAGAGUCCCAAUCAGCCACCAGUUCCAAAGCUUCCACUUCUGGUGAAUCACCGAAGCAUCACAGUGAAUUUGCCAAGAACGAGCAGUCUGUCUCCAAUCUGUCGCAAAAGUCUGAUGUGCACAAAAAGACAGAAGCUCCUUUGAAUGUACAAAAUGUGAAUGUAAGAGACAGUAAGAGCGACAGCAAAGAGGCGAGCUCUGCUGACGUGGUGUCCUGCUCUCAACCAAAGUUUGAUUCCUCUGAUCUGACUGUGAACAGCUGUGUGCAGGAGACUCCCUCAGACAUUACACCCUGCAGUUUGCCCUUGCAGUCUGUGAUCUCUCAGACAUCUGUUGUAGAUGUGGUGAAGUGCCCUGUAGACUUGAGAGAAGGAGAAACUGCAAAGAGUCAUUCCGUAGAGUCGUUGUCACAGAAGUGUGGAACGGUUGGUAACAGUCAAACAGUCAAAGACACGGUGGAUAAGUGUGACCAGGGUGAAGCUGAAGAGGAGGAGGAGAAGAGCACUGUCGGGGGCGGGGCCUCAGGAAUUGCUCUGGUUCUCUCUCAGAGCCAGCUGUUGUCUCCUGAACCCAUGGAGGAGGAGGAGGAGAGUGAAGACAGAGGUGAGGACAGUGUCAUCGUUGUUACAGACAGCGAGAGAGACUCCCAGAUUCUUCAGAAAGAUGUGACGCCGCAGUCGACGACCAACAGUUCCCAGCCAGUCAGAGGCAAAGUGCCUGUCUCCACUAACGGUCAUCAGCCGAAGAAGGUGCACGCGGCUCCUGAUAGGCUCUCCCAGACUGAGAGGGCGAGACCGGAACCAGAGGGGCUCAAAGACAAGAGCCUGAGUGAUAGCUCUGGAGAAAUUUCCUUCCACUUCACACUUCCUAAAGAAGGGGAGCUGAUUGGUCCUGUUGUCGGUGCCACACCUCCUCUAAUCAACCAGCUGAAGCAGACGCUGCGACACAGCACUCCCAUUGAGAUCACUUCCUUCUCAGAAAAGCCAGGCGUGGUGGGUGAUGUCUCUGCAGAUGCAAUGGCGACCAGUGACAUUGUGUCGGCGGAAAGCGGCGAUGACACUACGGAAAAGGGAGACGGGAAGCUGAGCUUGAGGAUGAAGCUGGUGACCCCCGUCGAAGAGGGCAGCUCGGAGCGCUUCAGCCUGCAGAAGCCAACACUGUCAGAAGAGGAUGGAUCUGUAGUCAAGGUCGCCACAGUUGCCAAGACUUUAACCAGCCCGUCUGUGUUCAGUCGUGUCAGGCAGGUGCACAGACAGCCGGAUGCAGAGGAGGACAGCCAGACUGGAGGCACCACACCUGUCCGAGGGGAGCUGUUCGCCUCACCACAGAGGAGCUCCCAGGCAUCCUCGCUGGGAUGCAACAGCCUCGCUAACAGCCAAUCAGAGCCUUUACGACAGGAUGUGUCGGCAGCACCGCUGGAGACCCAUAAAGAUCCUCCCGGCGCUGGCGAGCAAUCUGCAGAUAGACGAGGACCGCCUGAAGCUCCAGAGCCGCCCACCCCAAACAGGACAGAUGCCAGACAAAAGGUUUCCCAGCAGACCUUUGACAACAUCAUCACCUCCAGUCCUUCCAAUAAGCUCCGUCAGCGGACAGUCUCCCAGCAGACCAACUUUGACGCACCGGGGCUGCGCUCCCCAGCAGGCAGGGGUGAACGAGAAUCUCCGUCCUUUAGAAGAACCGCAGGCCCCUCCCACCGAAGACACGUGCGCACCAUCCAGGAAGUGCGGACCACCAUCACGAGGAUCAUCACAGACGUGUAUUACGAGGAUGGCAAAGAGGUGGAACGCAAAGUCUCAGAGGAGAGCGAAGAGCCUGUGGUGGACUGCCAGGUGCUGGACAGCGACAUCUCCCCGUGCCGCACAGGCAGCAGCUCUUUGACCUCUGGUGACCUCGGUGACAUCAGCUCUCUGUCGUCCAAGGCGUCCAGCCUGCAGCACAGCUCAGGAGGAACCAGCAGUAGCAUCGGCUUCAGCAGGCCGGACUUCAUCAUGCCGCCCAGCCGAGGGGCCAAAUCCAUCAGGAGAGGAGGCGGGCAGCAACAGAGGGGUCAUAGGGGUCACAGGGCAGGGUCAGUGAUGGACAGAGGCUACAGUACCCUGGGGUCUCGGGUCUUCAUCCCGCUGACCCCCAGAGGAAGGGCUAGAAGGGGCCGACCCCCGUCCCGCUCCUCCCUGUCCAGGGGAGGUGGGGUUGGCUCACUGCAGAGGCUCGGUGCUCAUGGCCAGCCACAGUCCUCCUCAGAGGACGAGCCCUACACCCGCAUGCUCCCCCCACGCCUCCCUGUCAGCCCUACAGACGCCGAGCUCCCCAGCCACUCCGACUCCCUCAGGUCAUCGCCCGAGGAGGCGAGCUCGGUCGGAAGCAGCUUCGUCGGCCUGCGCGUGGUGGCCAAGUGGUCGUCCAACGGCUACUUCUACUCGGGCCGCAUUAUCAAAGAUGCCGGGGAGGGAAGAUUCCGCCUGCGGUUUGAUGACGGCUACGAGUGUGAGGUGGCGGGGAAGGAUAUCCUGCUGUGUGAUCCCAUCCCCCUGGAGACGGAGGUGACCGCUCUGCUGGAAGACGAGUACUUCAGCAUAGGUGUUGUGAGGGGCCAUAAAACAGAGGGGCAGGAGCUCUUCUACAGUGUGGAGAAGGACGGCCAGAGGCAGUGGUACAACAGGACCUCGGUCAUCCUGUCUCUGGAGCAGGGAAACAAGCUGAGGGAGCAGCACAGCCUCGGGCCCUACGAGCCCGUCAUUCCCCUGGCCAAGGCCUCCGACAUCAGCCUUGAUAACCUGGUGGAGGGGAAAAGGAGGCGCAGAGGAGCCCCCGAGGGUCAGAACACUCCCAACCGCAGCUCUUCCAGCAGCCCCCGAACCCCUGGCCCGUCCGGCAAGAGGAAGCUGAUGACCUCCGAGGAUGACAGGACACCGGCAAAGAGAGGCCGCAAGGGCCCGGGGGCCAGAGCCGCUCAGCGUGUCGGUGUGUGUAACACCUCUGGCAGCGGCACAGAUCUCCCCGGUCAGCCUUGUGAUGUAGCAGACACUCACGGUCCGCUGCCCCAGAACGCGUCUCUCUUUAUGGGCUUCGCCUUUAUGCUGACUGCCUCGUCUGAGAUCGACCGGCUGACCAACAGGUCCAUCAGUGAUGAUGAGGAGGAAUACGUGCAGACAGGUCCCUUUAACAAAGUAUAUACAGAGUCUCAGCUGCAGGCAGGUGGAGGCUUCAUCCUGCCAGACUUCAAUGAAGAACAGUGUAAGGCAGCUUACCAGAGCUUGCUCAUUGCAGACCAGCACUGUCGUACAAGGAAGUACUUGCUGUGUUUGGCCAGCGGUGUGCCGUGUGUGUCACACAUCUGGGUGAGGGACUGCUGCAAAGAUAACAAGCUGCUCAACUAUAGGAACUACCUGCUGCCUGCUGGCAUGGGGCCAGAUGACACUAUAGUAGAAUGGCAUCCCCGCUGCAGCCCAUUCAAGGCUCUGCGGGUCCUUCUGGUGUUUGAGAAGCCAGUGGAGCUUUGGGCACAGCUGAUCAACAUGGGUGGAGGUUCCUCUGUCCGACAGUUCCAGGCAGACAAGGACAGCUCGGACAUUCCUGCUGGCAAGUAUGAUGUUGUGGUGACAGACCAUGCCUGUCCACCAUUGGUAGAGAAAAAUGUGACAUCACAGGAAGUCCCGUUGGUGUCACCUGAGUGGCUCAUCCAGAGUCUCAUCUGUGGGGAGCGCCUGGGUUUCCACAGCAAGCCUCAGUAUCGCCACGACUACUCCUCCUCAUAAUCUGACUCUACAUGUGCAAAAUGCCUUCAACCAUGUUAAAUGUUCAGCAUUAGUUCUGUUGCAUGCCUCUGCUGUAUAUAACUUUAUCCUGUCUGUUUUUAUGGGAUAAUAAAUUGUGACCUCGUUUCAUUUUAA